AUGUCAACCGACUCGAAGUCGAAGAAGAAGAAGAAGAAGGCGUAUGGAAGUUGGAUGAUCCUCUUCCCCUUCAUGUUCGGCCUCGUGGGCCUUUGGGCCUACAUCGUCUUCCUACGAAGCAAGUUCGGGAUGGUAUUACUUUUGGGCUUUGUGGACAUCGAGUUGUUUGCAGGGGUGAGCAGUGUGGCCGUUGUUAGGAUGUUGUUGGCAAGUGUCUAUAACGCGGGCCUGUUUGCAAUGGCGACGUGGAUUCCGUUGGGGUGGGCUUUGGUGCAGAUUAUCAUGGUGCUGAUUUUGUCGGAUGCAGAUAUUACGUUGAAUAAUCUAUAG